AUGGUCACUUUGAUAAAAUGUAAACUUGGAACACAAGCUCUACCUGAAACUUCUGAAAGCAUGAACUUAAAUGGAGAGAGAGCAGUCUUGACCCAGAAGACACAAAACAUACUCAGGGGGUGGGAAAUUCCGACAAGAGACACGCCCAGGGGUCCGCACGCAGAGACUACCCCCCGGCCCCCCGCCGAAGUCUUGGCCUUGUCCUCAAGCCUCGGUCCCAGCGAACAUCGCCGCUCUUGGGGUGACGAAACAGUCCGCUCAGAUCCCGCCCUGUCGACGCCCUCCCGCCACUCCGGGUCGGAUGGCCUAUUCGUUUCCCCCCCAUACCGGAAGCUCUCCUCCGAAGCCCCGCCCCAUUCCGCCUGCUGCGUUUGGGCCGAGGCGUGGCCAACGCUCCCUGCCGGUUAUGGAAGCGCUUUCGCGCUGUUAUUGGAAGACCCGGAAGCGCUGGCAGAAGUGAAGGUCACGUCGACUUCAGUGGGUUUUGAACCUCCUGUUUUCUACGUGAGCGUCUCCAGUCACAUUUGUAUACACCCAGGGUCUGGGGUCUCAGUCCUGUCCCCCACGCUUACCCCCGCGGGACUGCUGACCUUCAGGGAUGUGGCCAUAGAAUUCUCUCAGGAGGAGUGGGGAUGCCUGAGCCACAGCCAGCGGGAACUGUACACGGAUGUGAUGUUAGAGAACUACAGACACCUCCUCUGCUUGGGACCUGGUCAUCUUUUUGGAACUAAAGUGGGAGCUAUGGGACGUGAAGGGAAAGGAGACUGUAGCCUCAUACCCAGAUGGACAUCUGCUUUCCAACAUAUCACACUCUUACAUUCUCUAAAGAUUCUUCAGUUCCAUCGAAGGUCCUUCACAUCCACGGUGCGGGCCUCCGUAACCUCAUUGGUUUUCCAUUGCUUUGAGGGUUUGGGAAAAUCUUUGUAUUUCUGAGGAAGUCCAUGUUCACUAAUUUCUGAGUGUUUGCCUUUUGUGAGAUGUGUGUUGGGAUACUGGUAGGCAUAUUGGGGAUGGGUGAAGUAAUCCCGGCAGCAUGGGAAAAAUACCACAUUUUAUCUUGUUUAUGC